CAACACAUACAACGGUCGUUGGAUUAAAAAAUUAUUGAAGUUUUCGAUGGUUUAAAAUUAAUUAAGUUCAAAAACAUUCAUAUAGUGAAAAAAAUUUACCGUUAAUACUCUAUAAGACUACAAUUCAAUAAAAGAAUAUUAAAAAAAUUAAAGAAUAAAAAUAAAUAUUCAAACAGAAAAGAUUUGUCGUGAUGUCCACUUCAUGGCUUAAAAUGUUAAUUCUUUCAAUUUAUUUAAUGGAUAUUACUCUUUCAAUGGAGUUAGACUAUGAUGAACAUUCAAAACUUACCAACGAAAAUGUACUCACGUUCUUAAAAAAAUAUAUUGAGGAAUUAAACAAUAAACGAGUACUGGAAGGUUCAAAUAAAAAAUUAGAACAAAACAAAAUUAUUUAUGAUGCAUUACCUCUUAUAUUUACUAACCACAAUCAAAUGAUACAAAAAGAUAGAUCAACCAACAAAGAAAUGCAAUAUGAAAAUAAUGUAUUGCCCAAUUUUAAUUUCGAAAAUUCUCGUUACAACAAUGCAUACGGAAAUGACAGAGGAAAAAGAAAUCAUAUGUGCUACUUCAAAAUAUGCAAUAAAAAGUGAAUAAAGUCAUUAUAAAUACUAUUCAAACUAAGAUUUGAAAAAUAAACAACUAGAAGAAGAAAAGUCUUACAAUAUUUAUAUAUAUAUGAAAAGUUCAUGACUAAGUAAAAAUUUUCCAUUUUAAAUUUCUGAUUAAUUUUUAUUUAUCAUAAUUGUCAUAAACUAAUAAAGUGUCUUUAUGUAAUAAC